AUAAAUAGUACUAACUCACUCUUUACUAUAACCACAAGUUAAGUAUUCAAGUUAAGUAUUCAACUCCUCAACAGAAGUGAUCACUUGGAUUCCAGCCUUUUCGUGGAAUGGAAAUCUUUCAGAGUGCCAAUGCGGUUCGGCUCAGGAGCAGUCACGGGAAGUACUUAACCGCCCAUGACGACGAAGAGUCUGUUACUCAAGGCCGUCAUGGUGACGCCAAGGCUGCGAGGUGGACAGUGGAAGUUCUCCCAGCUGAUUACACCAAUCACAAUAUAAUUCGGCUCAAGAGCUGUUAUAACAAGUAUCUCACGGCUGAUGAUCAGCCAUUCCUGUUUGGAAUGACGGGGCGAAAAGUUACUCAGACUGUACCGGACAGGCUGGACUCGUCUGUUGAAUGGGAGCCUUUUAGAGAUGGAAAGAAUCAGGUGAAGCUGAGAACUCGAUACGGUGAAUUUCUUCGGGCUAAUAGGGGGCUUCCUCCGUGGAGAAACUCUGUCACUCAUGACAUUCCUCGGAGGACUGCAACACAGGAUUGGAUUUUUUGGUACGUCGAAGUUGUGGAGACUGAUAUGUUAAAGCCAGAGAAGAAUUUGAUUCUUCACUCUGAUUCUUUCAGUUCUUCUGAAUCUAGCGUGCCUUCUACUCCUUCCAGUUUAUCCGGACCUGAGUCGGCUGAUUCACCUGCAAGUUUACCGCGAAAGAAAGGAGAUGGGAGGCUCAUAUAUUAUCAUGUUUGUAAUGAAUACGGGGAAGUGGAUGAAGAAUUGGAUGAGCUUGUGAUUACCUUUAGGGGGAAUGGGGUAAAUGAGUUAACUAAGAGGUUGGAGGAUGAGACUGGACUCACUGAUAUCACCGUGUGUUCGCGGAGUCCAUUAAAUGGGAAGCUUUACCCUCUCAGAUUACAGCUUCCUCCCAAUAACGUGACUAUGAAUGUUGUUGUAGUUCAAUCUUCUUUAAUAGUGGCUUAAAGCUUGGCAAAACGCGAAAGGCCUUAUAGGGUUAGAGUUAGUUUUUGCCAUUUCAACAAGACAUGGGGGAACUCCUGCUCUGCACAGGUGACAGCAGGCUUGUUCUCUGUGCUGGAAAUGGACGAUCAGUUUCAGAAGCUUCUAGCAACAUAUAUAAUUUGUGUAUGAGUCAAUUACUUAAACGAUGAAAAGUGAAGAGUGAAUAAUGGUGGAAGCUGUAUAUUUAAUCUUUCUGUAUGUUCAUGUUACGUUUUGAAUAGCAAAAACUUAUACUUGUCCUCA